AGCUGCUUUGAGGAGGAGCCAGUGGCUGGGCAUGGGGUGUUUUGUGCCUCCCUCUCCUCACUUGUAGGAAACCUCUCUACAUUCACAGGGAGUUGGACUGGAAGGAGGAAGACUGGCCAGGGAAGGAGGCCAUCUGUCGCUCCUCCUCCUGUUUCUUAUCACUUGUCUCCUGACUCUCUUCCAAAGCCUCCUCAUCUGUGCCAACUUGGCUCCAGAGCAUCUUGACAAGUGGCGGCAUCUGCUUAGCCUCCCUGUGCACUCCAGGCCACCCCAUUAGCUGCCCACCGUCCCUGGCCAUUGGGACCUCUUCUGAUGGCUGUGGCCCUCGCUGCCCCAGGGAGCACCUUCUCUAAGCAGCUCCUUUUCUCUCUCCUGGUUCUGGUAUUAUUUUGCGAUGCCUGUCAAAAAAUUUCUCUUCAAAUUCCCUCUCAUCUUAAGGCUGGAACACCUGUAGGCAAAGUGAAUCUGGAGGAGUGCCUCAAGUCACCCAGCCUGAUCCUGUCCAGUGACCCAGCCUUCAGAAUUCUAGAAGAUGGCACAAUUUAUACAACACAUGACCUGCGUUUGUCUUCUGAGCAGAAGAGGUUCUCCAUCUUCCUCGCAGACAGUCAGAGGCAGGAGCAAAAGGAGAUAGAAAUUGAGUUGUCAGCAAGAGAAAAAAAGGUAAAGCAGGUUUUUAGGAAGAGACAUACCAAAGAUCCAGUGCACACUCGCAGUAAGAGAAGAUGGGCUCCUAUUCCAUGUUCGCUGAUGGAGAACUCAUUAGGUCCAUUUCCACAACACGUUCAGCAGAUCCAAUCUGAUGCUGCCCAGAAUUACACCAUCUUUUACUCCAUCAGUGGACCAGGAGUGGACAAAGAGCCUUUUAAUUUGUUCUUCAUAGAAAAGGACACUGGCGAUAUCUAUUGUACCCGGAGCAUCGACCGUGAGCAGUAUGACCAAUUUUUGGUGUAUGGAUAUGCAACCACUGCUGAUGGCUAUGCCCCAGACUACCCUCUGCCCUUGCUGUUCAAGGUUGAAGACGACAAUGACAAUGCCCCAUAUUUUGAAACCAAACUGACAGUUUUUAGUGUGCCUGAAAAUUGCCGAUCUGGAACUUCAGUGGGACAAGUGACUGCCAUAGACAAUGAUGAACCAGGAACCUUACAUACUCGUCUGAAAUACAAAAUUCUACAGCAAAUACCAGAUCACCCAAAGCACUUUGCCAUACACCCAGACACAGGUGUGAUCACUACCACCUCACCUUUACUGGACAGAGAGAAAUGUGAUACUUACAAGCUAGUGAUGGAAGUCCGGGACAUGGGGGGCCAGCCCUUCGGUCUCUUCACCACAGGAACAAUCACAAUCUCACUGGAGGAUGAGAACGACAAUUCACCGUAUUUCACCCAGACUUCUUAUACUACAGAAGUAGAAGAAAACAGAAUCGACGUUGAGAUUCUAAGAAUGAUGGUACAAGAUCAAGAUUUGCCCAACACUCCUCACUCAAAGGCAGUAUACACAAUUCUCCAAGGAAAUGAAAAUGGGAACUUCAAAAUCACAACCGAUCCGAAUACAAAUGAAGGAGUCUUGUGUGUUGUCAAGCCAUUGAACUAUGAAGUCAAUCGCCAAGUCAUUCUACAAAUUGGUGUUCUGAAUGAAGCCCAGUUCACUAAAGCUGUCAAUGGACAAGCCCCCACAAUGUGCACCACGACUGUCACUGUGAAAAUUAAAGACAGUGAUGAAGGCCCCGAGUGCCAGCCACCAGUCAAAAUCAUUCAGAGCAAAGAUGGACUGCCAGCUGGCCAAGAGCUUCUGGGCUACAAAGCCACAGACCCAGAAACAAGCAGUUCUGAAGGCAUAAGGUACCAAAAGGUAGGAGAUGAAGAUAACUGGUUUGAAAUCAACGAAAGCACCGGAAACUUGAAAACCCUCAAAAUAUUAGACAGAGAGUCAAAGUUUGUGAAGAACAAUCAGUAUAAUAUUUCAGUAGUGGCCAUGGAUGCAGUUGGCCGCUCUUGCACAGGAACACUGGUAGUUCUUCUGGAAGAUUUUAAUGACCACCCACCACAGAUUGACAAAGACCUGACCAUUUGUCAGCAGGAGAAGGAUUAUGCUGUUUUGGAACCUGUCGAUCUAGAUGGGCCUGAUAAUGGUCCACCUUUUCAGUUCUUUCUGGAUAAUUCUGCCAGCAAACAUUGGACUCUAGAACCACAGGAUGGUAAACGUGCCAUUCUUCGUCAACGACACAAUCUCAAUUAUAACUUCUAUUCUGUGCCAAUCCAAAUACAAGACAGACAUGGUUUCUCUGCAAAACAUAUGUUAUCAGUGAGAGUGUGUGACUGUACAGUUCCAGAAGAAUGUAGAAUGAGUGUUAGGGAGGAGAGGGAUGCUAAACCAAAUGUAGUCCUUGGGAAAUGGGCCAUUCUCUCCAUGGUCCUAGGCUCUGCAUUGCUACUGUGUAUUCUGUUUACAUGUUUCUGUGUGACUACUACUAAGAGAACAGUAAAGAAAUGUUUCCCAGAUGAUGUAGCCCAGCAAAAUUUAAUUGUAUCAAAUACGGAAGGACCAGGAGAGGAAGUGACGGAGGCAAAUAUUAGACUCCCCACACAGACAUCCAACAUCUGUGACACAAGCGCAUCUGUUGGGACUCUUGGUGGCCAAGGAAUCAAAACACAGCAAAGUUUUGAGAUGGUCAAAGGAGGCUACACUUUGGAGUCCAACAAAGGAGGUGGCCACCACACCUUGGAGUCCAGCAAGGGAGCUGUGCUGGGAGCAGCAGACACUGGCCGAUACGCGUACACCGACUGGCAAAGUUUCACCCAACCCCGGCUUGGUGAAAAGGUGUAUCUGUGUGGACAAGAUGAGGAACACAAGCAUUGCGAAGACUAUGUUCGUCCGUAUCACUACGAAGGCAAAGGCUCCAUGGCCGGCUCUGUAGGCUGUUGCAGCGAUCGGCAGGAGGAAGAAGGGCUGGAGUUUUUAGAUCAAUUGGAACCGAAAUUUAGGACAUUAGCAAAGACAUGUGUGAAGAAAUAAUCAUUCUGGUUAAGAGAGUGACAUCUGCAAAUGAAUACAGAGGCGUCACUGGAUGUAAAAGGACUUUGCUUAUUGAAGGUGAAGUCAUUUAUAGAUAAGGAUGCCUUACCAACCACAGCUCUUCGAAUUCUCCUUGUCUCCGGAACUUCCAAGUUGUCUAGACAGGAAGUUGUCAUUGUUCCUUUUCUUUCUGUGCAUGUAUACAUUGCCUUCUCAGGACUGGACUGUGUCUGCCACUGAAACUGGUGAUGUUUGAAACUUAAGCUCUUUUGCACACUAUGUGAGACUCCAUGGUGGAAUUGGGUAUUGUGGAAGCUUAAAACAUGAAUGUGUGUUGUGUAUAUAUACAAAUUAAAUAUUUUCUUCAAAGUCGUGGGGAGAAUUCUGCUUCUAAAAUAUUUUCUUUUGUGGCAAGAUAUUGUUUUCUUUCUCCCAGAGUAACUUCAGAUGGAUUUCUAAGUAUUUGUAGGUGUAUCCUUUUGUGUGUAUAAACAAGUUUGAUUCUUGCUACACUUUUCAUUCCCCCAAGGAGCACCUCUUCACUCAGGAGCCUACAAAGCUUAGUCCUCAGAUCUCUACCCUGUGUUAUCAUCAGGCUCCUGGAGAUUCUGUUGGAAUGACAUGGGUGAAAACAUUGUGUCCACAGUGCCUUGAACUGUAGAGAUUGGUUAAGGAUUCCAUCAAAACUCUGGAAUCUUGAUCUCCAUAGGCUGGCUUAGGCUCACAGACAUAUUUUGUUUGUCCAACCAAAUGUGGUAUUACUUUAUAUAUAAGUACUGUGGGGAGAAUAAUAGCUACUUAACUUGAUGCUGAUCCACUAUUUCAGUGGCUUUCAACUUUAUCUUCAAGCCUUUUUCCAAUCAGCCUUAAAGGCGUCAAGCUGUAACUGGUAUGGGGUUUAGUGCUUAACCAUGCGUCAACACUGAGUUAGCGGCCAUGCUGGAACUUAAUGCUCAGUCUACCUUGGUCAUUACUCAAAGAAAAGCUGGAAGACUAGAAAUAAUUCUCAUUAGAAACACAUUAAAAAUUUUAAUCCAUUGAAGUAACACCUACCAAAUAUUAUUGAAUUGUGAAUUCGUAAAUAUUUUAACAUGAGUAGAUAAAUUACAUUUUAAUGAGAUAUUAUUUUAUUGAUUUAUAAAGGAACUAUAUAUUUAAAUGAUAUUUUAUUAGUUAUUUGUGGAAAACUACAGUUAUGUGUUAAGUUACAUCUUAUGGAAACUUUACUUUAAACUAAACUGACUUUCUUAAUCUUCUACUUUCUCUCUAUUGGCAAAACAGACUUCUGUUUCAUUUAGGUUUUGUAACUAGUCUUAUUGUCUCAGUUAGGAAAGGUGUUUUUUUUAUUGUGAAAUUGGAUACAGGAAUAAAAUGAAAUAUGGAUUUAAUAAGCCAGAUUUGAUUUUGUAAAUUUUAUAGUCAUUGCAAGAUAACUUGGAAUGGUGAUGUAAUUUUUACUUUUUGAAGUAAAUGUGAUUCUGACAAUGUAGAUUUCAACAUUUUAGGAUCUAAUAGUACCAAUUUGGAAAAUCGUCAAAUGCUGCAGUAAGUUGUAUUCUUCAAUAUAGUUACUGAAUAUUCUAUGAGCAGUUACAACUAUUAGCUUAACAAUAGUUUAUAUGUGUUGUUUGUCUUCAUCUUGCUCUUAUACUUACUGAAUUAUAGAUGAGAAAAUUUAUGUCUAAAUUAAAAAGUACAAUUGAUAUCCAGGGGUGUAUUUCUCACUUAUCAAGAGAGAUUUCCCUGAAGUAUUGGAGGAAAUAUUAGAAAGUAUGGGAAAUUAAUCUAUAUUAAGCAGUUUUAGCUAUUUCAAAUGUUUUCAAGGCAUUAUUAAAACUUAUCUCAGAGGAAUUAUAUUUAUUGUUGGAUUUAUUUAGGCAACUGCGUGUAAUUCUCUUUUUGCAUCAAAAUUUAAAUAUUAAUUGUAUGAUGAAUUAAAUCUCUGAAACCCUACCAGACUGCAAAUUUAGUUUGUUAAUAAAGUACUAUAUUUCAUACAAA